GAGCCCCUCCCUGCCGCCUCCGCCGCGCUCCCGCCCCUCGGGCCGAGGCUGUCACCGCGCCCGCCGCCGGGCGCCGCCAGCAUGUUUGACAGGACGCGGCUACCCUUCGUGGCGCUGGACGUGCUCUGCGUGCUGCUGGCUGGCUUACCCCUUGGUGUUCUAAACUUGGCCAAAAUAAAGCCGUAUCAGAGAGGCUUUUUCUGUAAUGAUGACAGCAUCAAGUAUCCGUUCCAUGACAGUACCAUCACAUCCACUGUCCUCUACACAGUGGGGUUCACCCUGCCCAUUUUUUCUGCAAUUUCUUCACUGUAUUACAACUAGCUUAGAAGAUGGAAGUGUACAUCAGGGAAGCUUUUUGGAAUUGUCAUAUGAGAAAUAUUCAGUAGAGAGCCUGUACUGCUCCUCUGCUGUCUCCACUUCUUACAUAAAAGGAGUACUUAAACUCUCCAAUUUCUUCUGCUCUCAGAUAAUCGUAGGAGAAACUCUCUCGGUCUUUUAUAAUAAUUUGCACUCAAAUUCGUUUGUCAGAAAUAACUACAUAGCCACUAUUUACAAAGCCAUUGGGACCUUCAUUUUUGGGGCAGCUGCUAGCCAGUCAUUGACAGACAUUGCCAAGUACUCCAUAGGUAGACUGCGUCCUCACUUCAUUGCUGUGUGCCAGCCCGACUGGACACGGAUAAACUGCAGCCUGGGCUACAUUGAGAACUUCACUUGCCAUGGAGACAAAGCAAAAAUCAAUGAGGGAAGACUAUCAUUUUAUUCUGGCCAUUCUUCAUUCUCGAUGUACUGCAUGCUCUUCGUAGCGGGACAGAGAGGGAAGAGUGAGGAAAACAAAGGGAUUCUUUAUCUUCAGGCAAGAAUGAAAGGAGACUGGGCAAGACUUGUACGUCCUACUAUACAGUUUGGUCUUAUUGCUGCAUCUAUCUACGUGGGUCUCUCACGUGUUUCUGACUACAAGCAUCACUGGAGUGAUGUUUUAACAGGACUUAUCCAGGGUGCAGUGGUAGCUGUGCUCAUUGUUGUGUAUGUGUCAGACUUCUUCAAAGUGAGAGGAUGUACAUUUCAACCAAAAGAAGAUUCCCAUACAACCCUACAUGAGACUCCAACAAAUGGAAAUCACUUUGGCAGCAAUCAUCAACCAUGAAGAAUGACCCACAUUACCUACAUUGCUCUGAAAGAAAACAAUUUCACAAGUCUAACUCUGUAAUAUAAGUAAUUGCCUUUGAGGGACUGCUGCUGCUGCUCUUGGCUGCUCACUUAACCUGUAUAUAGUAACAUCUACCACAGUUAUUGUACAUCUAAACUUUAAAUUUCUGUUGGUUCAAGCUCUUGCUUAAAAGAAAGCUAUUACAACUGUAAAUUUUUAUUGAAAACUGUAACAAGUUAUAUUAUAUACACUGCUGUUUGUACAUGCCUUGUUGAAUCAACUGUGGUUUAAGUAAACACCAUUAAAAGGAAUUGCUUGAUAUGGAA